AUGUCGUGGUUAUACCCUGAAGACUUUGGGGAGGAGUACCGCCGCCAGGCUCAGUUGCUUCGACUAGCCGCCCUAGCCUCGUGCUUUCUAGGCCUCAUCUUUCUCGUCAUGCAUCACGCAAGUCCUUACACGCUCCCGUACCUCCUCCCCGUCAUCUGGUCCGUCGUUGACGGCACGUCUCUGGCUCGAGAGAAAACCAUUCACCCGCUAAUCCGAGCCAUCUGCGACUUCCUCUCGGCCUUCUUCCUCGCUUUCGAUAUCCCCAUCAUGUUUCUCAUGGGCCUCCUCUAUAUGAGCUUUCUGACAUUUGUCAUGGGCGGAUUGUUCAUAGCCGCCGUGUAUGCCUUGUCCUUAUUACCGCCGCGGAUCCUCCGCCUCGCGACCGUCAAGAAGACUGACUGA